GCUGGGCUCCGGAAAGCUAGUCCGGAGCGGAGGAAUCUAUUGUUAUUUAUUGUGUGGCGGUUGCAUGCUGUACUCGCGGCGGCCCGGCCCUCGCCCGGGAGUGCGUGUGUGUGCGCGCGUGUGUGCGCGAGUGAGUGUGUUCGCGGGGGUGCGCGCGCGGGCGGGAGUGGGCGCGCGCGGGGAAAGGCCCGAAAACACCUUAGUUUGCACCGAGAGACCAUUUGCAGCGGAACCCGAAAGUUUGCAAGAAGAAGAUAGCGCGCGGCGAGCAAGCGGGCAAGGGGCAGCGGCUGCGGCGCCGGGGACCAUGGUGCUGCCGGCGCCUCCUCCGCGGGCGUGAAGGCGGCACUCCCACUCCCUCCCCGGACUCCGCGGUGUCCCAGGAGCUUUUGCUGACAAUUCCAGUUUCCGAACGAAACAUUUGGGCAAUGGUGAGGGCUUCAAUCCCUUGUCUGAUUUGCUGUCAACCAUGAACGGACGGAUGUGAUGCCUGCUGGCCAAAAGGCUUCUACAUCUGGAGGAUGUAUGUGACCUGGAAAAGUCAUCCUCCAGCCCCAUGAUUCUCAGAUGCUGUCUGGGAGAUGAAAGAGGACCGUAGCACAAUGCCAUUGAAGAGUCAAGAGGAAAAGCUUAAAAGAAAGUGAAGUCAAGGGGCUUCCCUGGGGGUGCAGUGGUUAAGAAUCCACCUGCCAACGCAGGGGACACGGGUUCGAGCCCAGGUCCGGGAAGAUCCCACAUGCCGCAGAGCAACUAAGCCCGUGUGCCACAACUACUGAGCCUGUGUUCUAGAGCCCACGCGCCACAACUCCUGAGCCCACGCGCCACAACUCCUGAAGCCCGCGUGCCACAACGAGCCCGUGCUCCCCAACAAAGAGAAGCCACUGCAAUGAGAAGCCCACGCACCACGAUGAAGAGUAGCCCCCGCUCGCCCCACCUAGAGAAAGCCCGCGCACAGCAACAGAGACCCAACACAGCCAAAAAUAAAUAAAAUAAAAAUAAAUUUAAGAAAGUGAAGUCAAGAACUCAUUUAUAUAAAGUUGGAAGUUGAAGAUGGUGGCGUGGUUUUCCUUGAGCCCUCUUUUGGGGUAAAGCAAAUUCUAGACAUAACUGACUACUUAAGCUGUUUUGGGUUCAUAGGAUCACAAGUUCCAGUUCCAGUGUCUCUCUGUGUGUUGCAGUCCUGUGGCAUUAUGCAUGCCCCCAACCAGUGACCUCCAGACUUUUUAUGGCUGUGAGACACGUUAAAAGUUCAGGGGUAAGAAGUGACCUUUUGAGGUGACUAUAACAGAAGAUUGCUUUACAGAAGCCAAAAAAGGUUUUUGAGUCAUGAUGCAAGAAUCUGGGACUGAGACGAAAAGUAACGGUUCAGCCAUCCAGAAUGGGUCAAGCGGCGGCAACCACUUGUUAGAGUGCGGCGGUCUCCGGGAAGGGCGGCCCAACGGGGAGACGCCGGCCGUGGACGUGGGGGCGGCCGAUCUGGCCCACGUGCAGCAGCAGCAGGCACUUCAAGUGGCAAGACAGCUUCUUCUCCAGCAGCAACAGCAGCAAGUUAGUGGAUUAAAGUCUCCCAAGAGGAAUGACAAACAACCAGCCCUUCAGGUUCCCGUGUCAGUGGCUAUGAUGACACCUCAAGUUAUCACUCCCCAGCAAAUGCAGCAGAUCCUCCAGCAACAAGUGCUGAGCCCUCAGCAGCUCCAGGUUCUCCUCCAGCAGCAGCAGGCCCUCAUGCUUCAGCAGCAGCAGCUUCAAGAGUUUUAUAAAAAACAACAGGAACAGUUGCAGCUUCAACUUUUACAACAACAUGCUGGAAAACAGCCUAAAGAGCAACAGCAGGUGUCUACCCAGCAGUUGGCUUUCCAGCAGCAACUUUUACAGAUGCAGCAGCUACAGCAGCAACACCUUCUGUCUUUGCAGCGCCAAGGCCUUCUAACAAUCCAGCCAGGGCAGCCUGCCCUUCCCCUCCAACCCCUUGCUCAAGGCAUGAUUCCAACAGAACUGCAGCAGCUCUGGAAAGAAGUGACAAGUGCUCAUACGACAGAAGAAACCACGGGCAACAAUCACAGCAGCUUGGAUCUGACCACGACAUGUGUCUCUUCCUCUGCACCUUCCAAGACCUCCUUAAUAAUGAACCCACAUGCCUCUACCAACGGACAGCUGUCAGUCCACACUCCCAAAAGGGAAAGUUUGUCCCAUGAGGAACAUCCCCAUAGCCAUCCUCUGUAUGGACAUGGCGUAUGCAAGUGGCCUGGCUGUGAAGCAGUGUGUGAAGAUUUCCAAUCAUUUCUAAAACAUCUCAACAGUGAGCAUGCGCUGGACGAUAGAAGUACAGCCCAAUGUAGAGUACAAAUGCAGGUUGUACAGCAGUUAGAGCUACAGCUUGCAAAAGACAAAGAGCGCCUGCAAGCCAUGAUGACCCACCUGCACGUGAAGUCUACGGAACCCAAAACUGCCCCUCAGCCCCUGAAUCUGGUAUCAAGUGUCACACUCUCCAAGUCUGCAUCAGAGGCUUCUCCACAGAGCUUACCUCAUACUCCUACGACCCCCACUGCCCCCAUCACUCCCGUCACCCAAGGCCCCUCCGUCAUCACCACCACCAGCAUGCACACGGUGGGACCCAUCCGCAGGCGGUACUCAGACAAAUACAACGUGCCCAUCUCUUCAGCAGAUAUUGCGCAGAACCAAGAAUUUUAUAAGAACGCAGAAGUUAGACCACCAUUUACAUAUGCAUCUUUAAUUAGGCAGGCCAUUCUCGAAUCUCCAGAAAAGCAGCUAACACUAAAUGAAAUCUAUAACUGGUUCACACGAAUGUUUGCUUACUUCCGGCGUAAUGCUGCCACAUGGAAGAAUGCAGUGCGUCAUAAUCUUAGUCUUCACAAGUGUUUUGUGCGAGUAGAAAACGUUAAAGGGGCAGUAUGGACAGUGGAUGAAGUAGAGUUCCAAAAACGAAGGCCACAAAAGAUCAGUGGUAACCCUUCCCUUAUUAAAAACAUGCAGACCAGCCACGCCUACUGUACACCUCUCAAUGCAGCUUUACAGGCUUCGAUGGCUGAGAACAGUAUACCUCUAUACACUACCGCUUCCAUGGGAAACCCCACUCUGGGCAACCUAGCCAGCGCCAUACGGGAAGAGCUGAACGGGGCGAUGGAGCAUGCCAACAGCAACGAGAGCGACAGCAGCCCGGGCAGGUCCCCUAUGCCAGCCGUGCAUCCUGUACAUGUCAAAGAAGAGCCUCUGGAUCCAGAGGAAGCUGAAGGGCCGCUAUCCCUAGUGACAACAGCCAACCACAGUCCGGAUUUUGACCACGACAGAGAUUACGAAGACGAACCAGUAAAUGAGGACAUGGAGUGAACAUCUGGGCAGGCCGACCCCAAGAGCGCGAAGAUUGGGGGGGGGGGGCACACAAAACAAAACACGUCAAAAGUUUGCAGUGAAAUCGUUCUCCAUUGGUUGUACAGUCUGGAGGAUUUUUCACUACAUUUUGACAACUCUGCAAUGUGUUAACUCUUAGUGCCAUCAAGAAUCCCAUUUGGGAGUAUUUUUGAUUUUUCUACUUUUUGUUGAAAAAAGGAAUUUGUACUCUGUGCAUUGGAUGGACUUGUUUGGUACUGGGGAUUUUCCUCUCAACAGUCAACAUCAGUGUUGUAAAUUUGCUAAACUGAUUCACUUUUAGCAGCAGACUUUGAACUGCAGUCCUGCCGACAUUGGACAUUGAGGACACCCAACUGAGCAUGUGCACCUAAGCUGCAGACCAAGCCUCUGCCCAGAAUUUAAGGAUUCCAAUGGACGACCUAUUUGCACAGUACUGCAUGUUGAUUAUCACUGCCUUUACUCCAUUUUUUUUUUUUUUUUUUUUUUUUUUUUUGCUUCCAGUUGGGAUGGGGAAGGCCUUUGUGUGUGUAUUGGGGGGAGGGUUUAAAAAUAAUUAUCCCAAACUUUUUAAUGUAUUGCUCUUUUUUUUUUUUUUUUGGCUUCUCCUAUACCAUUUUAAGUUCUGACCUCAGGCCUCCAUUCGGGCCCACGGCCUCUUGGAGGCUUCAAGUUUUCUGUACCUUGUGAUGAAUGUUAAUAGGUGUUUUUAUUAUACGAAGCUGAAUGUCA